AUUAGGAUUUAGAUGAUAAGCGCCAAUUCAUCACAGUCUACUUCCAAACUACACUUUCAUGGCGUUCUCUUUCUCAUCCUCUUUCUUCUCUCACAAGGUCUCCAUCAGUCUCGCACUUUCUCCAUCUUCUUCCCAUCAUCACCGUUUCUAUCCCAACCGUAUCGUUUGUCAAUUGAAUCCGUCGAGAGCGAUUCGCGCCGGAGCCAGCUGCAUUCCCGCGAAAAUCACAUUUAUGCAGGGAUUUGGAAACUGUGAUGAGAACAUCAACUAUCUGAAAACGGCUAUCAUAGAAGCAGGAACUAAGAAACUGAAGAGUGCAAUUGCAUUUAUCUUAGUAUUUGUUCAAAUCACAUCUCCAAUAACAAUAUCAGCUUGGAACUCGUUGCUCAUUUCACCAGCAGAGGCAGUGCUUUAUUCGCCUGACACAAAAGUUCCAAGGACCGGAGAACUAGCUUUGAGAAGGGCUAUCCCUGCAAACUCGAGUAUGAAGGCUAUACAGGAUUCUUUGGAGGACAUUUCAUACUUGCUUAGGAUUCCACAGAGAAAGCCAUAUGGGACUAUGGAGGGUAAUGUAAAGAAGGCUCUAAAGAUUGCAAAGGAUGAAAAGGAAUCAAUUCUGAAUAGUAUACCAACUGAUACGAGGGAAAAUGGCUUGGAGUUGUAUUCAUCUUUAGUGGAUGGAAAGGGUGGGUUACAAUCGCUACUUCAAUAUAUAAGUGACAAGGAUCCAGACAAAGUAUCAGUUGGCCUAGCAAAAUCUCUGGAUAUCAUUGCACAGCUUGAGUUACUACAGGCCCCAGGGUUAUCGUUUCUAUUGCCUGCACAGUACAUGGUAUACCCCAGGCUUGCAGGGAGGGGAAUCGUUGAAUUCACUAUUGAGAAGGGUGAUGGCUCAUCAUUUUCUCCAGAAUCUGGUGGUGAAUCCAGAAAUUCUGCCUCAAUUAGGGUUAUUUUAGAUGGAUAUUCUGCACCACUGACAGCAGGGAACUUUGCGAAACAGGUAAUUGAUGGAGCAUACAAUGGCACAAAGCUCAGUUGUAUAAAUCAAGCAAUUAUCUCAGACAGUGGAAUUGGAAAGAACAACGGCUAUAGUGUUCCCUUAGAGAUAAUGCCAGCAGGACAGUUUGAACCACUUUACAAAACAACCUUAAGUGUCCAGGACGGAGAGUUACCUGUUCUUCCACUCUCUGUCUAUGGUGCAAUAGCAAUGGCGCAUAGUGAUGUCUCCGAUGAAUACUCUUCACCGUACCAGUUUUUCUUUUAUCUUUACGACAAGAGAAGCGCUGGCUUAGGAGGCAUUUCAUUUGAUGAAGGCCAGUUUCCUGUUUUUGGAUAUACAACUGCGGCGGGGAAAGACAUUCUUUCUCAGAUUAAAACUGGCGAUGUGAUCCGAUCAGCAAAGCUGAUAGAAGGUCAAGAUCGUCUUGUAUUGCCAGAACAGCAGAGUUGAUCCUCCUCCUCUUGCCGACCACGAAUUCAGGUCAGAACAAUUGUUCUUGUUUUAUAAUAUGGUUAUAUAUAAUAUUUGAUUCUAUCAACUCCUAUACUCAUUUCUUGGUCAUCAAAGAAGUGCUAAGAUUACAUUGGAGAAUUUGUAUUAAUCAAAGAGAGAUGUCAUCAAUUGUCUAA